CCGCUGUUUCAGUUGUUCUCGAGAUCUCAGCAGCUCACCAGUCAACGACCUGUUUUCUGAACAUGCGCUAGCUAAAUUAGCAUAGAAAAUACAUUAAUCUGCUUUCAGAUUUUGCCUUCAUUUCGUCGACGUCAUAAAUGUACGUUUUUAAUCGUAUGGCUCGUCCCAGCUUAAAGCAUUUCCACCAAUAACGGUUUAGGCUGUCAGUGGCACGCAAUGGAGGUUGGCAGUGGCACAGUUGUGCAGGACGAAAUGAAAUUUCGGGGGGCUGAAUUUGCUGUCAAGGUCGAGUUGGCAGAGCGGUUACUAAUCGUAGAGAUUUCAGAUGUUGUUUCAGCAGACCAGUGGAGAGGAGAGUUCGAUCCUGCCUAUAUUGAGGAUCUGACCCGGAAAACUGGGAAUUUUAAACAGUUUCCAGUAUUCUGUAGCAUGCUUGAGUCUGCCGUCCACAAGUCCAGUGAAUCAGUGACCCUUGACCUCUUGACCUAUUCCGACCUUGAGCUUUUGCGGAACAGAAAGGCAGGUGUAGUUGGCCGACCUCGUGCUCAGCCGCAGUCUCCUGCUCUCAGCGCGAAACGAUACCUCAUCCUCAUUUACACUGUGGAGUUUGACAGGAUACACUAUCCUCUUCCACUUCCAUAUCUUGGCAAACCUGAUCCUGCAGAGCUUCAGAAAGAGAUAAGAGCCCUGAGGGCCGAGCUGAAAACACUGGGUCUGAGAGGAGAACACAAAGCAUCAGACCAGGAAACACGCAGGCUCCGUGCAGAGUUGGCUUUGGUGAGAGACGAAAAGGAGGCCUUGGCCAAGGCUUUGGAUCGUCUACGGAUGGCAGGGGCCGGCUCUACUCCUGGGGCUCGUGGGUUCAGAGAUGCAGUGCACAGUCUGGAGGAACAGCUGCUGAAGGAAAGGGCAAAAAGUCAACGGUCUGCAAGCAAGAGGAGCCAGGAACAGCGCCUCCUACUGGAACAGUUGGAGGAACUCAAGGCUUCCGAACGGUCUCUUCGGAUACGUGUUAAAAGUUUGACAACUGAGUUGGCCUUGUUACGACGUGGUCGGGCGACUCCAGUCAUGUCUGGUCGAAGUGGGCUCAGGUGUGAUGGGGAGAUUCAUCGGUCUUUAUCCAGAGAGCGCAGUUUGACCCGUGUAGGGUUAAGAGCACGCUCAGGGUCGAGGGAGAGGAUGGAGGACAGGGGUCGGAGGUCAGAGGAGAGAGUUAGGAGGGCAGACUCUUCAGGGGCUCGGAAUAGUAUCACAAGACCCUCACCAUCUCCAACAGGGUCUCGGAGUUCUCGGUUUGACCCUACAGCCUACAUCCAGGACCGACAACGGCGCCAAAAAGAGUCUGAUCUGAAGAAUCAGAGGAAGAUUAGAAGGGACAUGUUGCCUUCACCGUCUCUGAUGGAAAGAGGGCGUUCACGCUCCAGAGAGCCCGUACCUCAGCUGAUGCGAGCAGGAAGUGCUGGCAGGGGGAGGAGUGUGUCUGUGGAGAGCAGGAGGAGUCGGUGUUCUUCUGAAGGAUCAGUAGCUGAGUUUGAAGAGCUUGCUAAGCCUUUAAAUAGCAGAGGAAGGAAACUGGCGUAUAAUGGUCCAGCUGUGUCCAGAGGAAGACACAUAAACAAAAAACCAAUGUGUAGCACCCCUGCACAAAGGAUGAGAGCGGCAGACACUUCAAUUGACACGGGUGCUGACUUGUCAGAGAUUGACGCUCGACUCCAAGCCCUGCAGGACUACAUGCGGGACCUUGACACAGGACACUAAUUAAUCCCAGUGGAUUCAGAUGUCAAUCUAGGCAUUUUGCACAAAGACAGAGACUGGAAAAACUUGGACAAUCAUUUCUUUGAAACACUGUUUAUUUUUUAAUCCCUGAUGUAGCUUUUGGGCUUGACUCAAAAUGCAGUUAUACUGGCUUUGUCAAGGGGGUUCUUGUGACUGUUGCCAUAUCAGA